GCAGUGGUGGGUGUUUGUGCCCUUGUCAUUUGCUACAGGUGGAAAAGGGACGGAAGCGGCAAUAAAGUUGCUCAUCCAGUUACUGGCAAAAACAUCUUGCAGUUCGUGGCUAUCAAGAGGAGAGACUGUGGGGAGUGGGCCAUUCCAGGGGGGAUGGUGGACCCAGGGGAGAAGAUCAGCGCUACCCUGAGGCGGGAAUUUGGGGAGGAGGCCUUGAACUCUUUGCAGAAAUCACCCGAGGAGAAAGCAAAAUUGGAGAAGCAGCUCCACAAGCUGUUCAGCCAGGAACACUUUGUGGUGUACCGAGGAUAUGUGGAUGACCCUCGUAACACUGAUAAUGCCUGGAUGGAGACAGAGGCUGUGAACUAUCAUGAUGAAACAGGUGAGACAAUGGAUAAUUUGCCUCUGGAAGCAGGUGAUGAUGCUGGAGUAGUGAAGUGGAUUGACAUCAGUGAGAAGCUUGAGCUUUAUGCAAGUCAUAGCUACUUCAUUAAGCUUGUGACUGAGAAACGGGGAGCCCACUGGAGUGAGGAUCCUGGACCUGAGUGCCAUGAGUGAUGUCAAUGAGGAACUGACAGACAUCAAGAGAAGAAUAUGUUUUCCAGCCUUGAAACAGAUGUCAUUGUCAUUUUGAGAAGAAAUUCAGUGAAAAUUCCAUGAAAUUCAGCUGGAAAAAACAAUGGACAGUGAUAAAUAGAAGGUUUUUCAGAGACUUGAGAUUGCUUCUUUGAUUUCUUAGCUAGUGUGAAAUGAGAUGAAGGAGGAGUUCUGACCUUGCUUUGCUUCCUUGUCUUCGUUAUUUGCAGCUGUUUCAUCAUAUCUGCAGAUCUACACAGCCACACUGGGAUUCUGACUGGUGGUAGUUCAGAAGCUGUUCACUUUAGUUCUGUAUUUUUGCACUGAUUCCUUGUCAGGAAUGAAUCCUUAAGGGAUGUGAGACUUGUAGGAUAACCUGGAAAAUGACUUAAUUUAAGUGCUACAUAAUAAAGUGAAGUUUCUUUUUUGAAUC